GCUUAUAUUGUUUUUGAUACCUCUCUUUGCUCCAAAUCUUCCGCAUUAAUUAUUUCGGGAUAGUGCACAAUUUCUCAGUGACUUUCCACUAGAAACAUGAGUUAGAUAACAUCAGCGACUGACAUGCGGAGUGCCCAAGAAAGUGCACUGGAUCUCUAGAGACGCACCGAGGAAUAGCAGAGCACACGAGCUGAAGAAUGUCGCAGGACGGAGUGUCGAGCUUUGGCGCAGGCAAGCACCCUGUGCGGGGAAUCUCCAACACGAAGCAGACCACGAGGCCAGAACUGCAUCAGAUCAACAAUAUCGUCUCGGAGAGGUAUCUGUGGGAGAUGAGACGGAGGACGCCCAACACCACGCCCGCCAGCACUGUCCUCAACUCCCCGGAUCUCACGGAGAGCGAAUCGAGGCACUCGUAUCAUCAUCAUCACCAUCAAUAUCCCAUCAAACUCGGAAGGAGUCCGGUGAGUCAUGCGGACUCUGCCAGUCCUGUGUCGCCGUCAGGUGGACCGGCUCUGGUCACAGAGGGUGAAAUGGUGGUGUUUGAUGACAUAGGGGACAGCUGGAAUGGUGGCCGAAUGAUUCUGGACUCUCCAACGAUUUCCGACACUGAAGGUGCGGCAGCGCCACGUCCGGAUGGGACAUCCUCUCCAGGCAGUGGCAGUCGAGUGGCCAAAGUGAUCGGCGGGCUGCCAAUAGCCGAGUACGAGGGUUCGCCGAGGCGCUUUGGGAAUGUGCAGUAUGACUCUCCAGGAGCAAACAGGGGGAGAAAUGUUCUCGCAUCUCCGGCAAUGUUUCCACCGCGUCCGGGAUUCCCGCAGAGGGUUGUUCCCUCUCCUAGUGGUGCUUAUGGGAAUUGCCAAGAGGAUCUGGGACAGGAGGAUGUGAAGCUGCAGCCACCAACGACUUUUGACUAUCUCUAUGAGUUCUCUGAGACACGAAAGGUGCUUGAGGAGUUCUUCAAGUGUCCGGAGGAUGACACUGAGCGCGCCAAGAGCAGCAGCAGUGAGUUUAUUCCGCAUGGAUAUCACAAUCAGAUGGACAGCGUGCAGGAUCACUGCUAUAUAGGACAGAGGCUGGCGCAGAAGACGCAGGAGACGCAAUCGCCCACAAGGAAGAUCCGAGAAGAGGAAUUUGAUCACAACGAUAUUGAACUGUACUUGGAUUCGGGCAGCAGAAGCAGCGGAGAGUUGGCAGAUACGGAGCUGGAGCAUCAUGUGAGAAGACACUCAAGGAAUUUCACCCUCUCGCCAGAGACGACGGAUUACGACUCCAAUUGUGGGGAUCUGGACAGUCUCUCUAAUGAUAUCAACGGAAUUGUGCCGGAUUUCAAUAGGCUCUACACUUCGAUGCCUGUUUUGGAAGAUGGUUUGUCUAGUGGACAUGCGUCAGACACAGAGAACAAUAAUCCUGCGAUUGGAGAGGCCAGACAGCGAGUCAUUACAGGUGGGAACUUCCUGGAGCAAUCCUCCAGUCCGAAGAGAUGCAUUGAAGGCAUUCAGGAGCACGAUCAGGGGCAGGAAGUGAAGAGUUUCCCAACGCCACCUCCGCCGCAGCCUCUACAGGAUGUCCAGGCGGCACUCAAGGAUAUCAGGACGACUCUUCAGCGUACGAAAACUCUGCCGGCGGCCAGUACUAUUCCCACAGCCGUGGAUAGAAACAUUCCCAAGGGCGUCAUUGAGGCGGCAAAGGAAACAGAGUCGCCAGUUUGGGUGCCCAGACAUCACAACAACGCCACUUCGCGGGAGAGUCUCAGCUCUGAGCAUCCCUCGAAGGCCAUGAGUGGGGAGGACGAGGAGGCGGACACGGAUCUGGAGACUGAUCGGCUUCUGGGUCAGCAGAGGCUCGACGAUCAGGGCUUCUACGAGGACAAGACCGGCAUGUGGAAGGGGAAACUGGCUAAAUCUCCUUCGGGUUCAAAGUCUCCGCCUCUGGCGCAAUCGACAAUCCGACAGGGUGUGGGCACUGCACUGUCGCCCACAUCUCCAGUGUCUGGCGGCUCUGGAGGGAGGAUUUCACCCGCCACGCUGGCUGACAAGAGUCCAACGGACUCCAUUGGCUCCAAGAAGGACGACAGCAGGAAGGGAAAGAGCAGAAACAAAGAGGCUCUCGAUCCUGCAGUUCUUAUUGAGGGAGUUCUGUUCAGGGCCCGAUAUUUGGGAUCCACUCAGCUGGUCUGCGAGGGUCAACCGACCAAAUCAACAAGGAUGAUUCAAGCUGAAGAGGCUGUUUCACGAAUCAAGGCGCCGGAGGGCGAGAAUCAGCCCAGCACUGAGGUGGACCUGUUCAUCUCGACGGAGAAGAUCAUGGUGCUGAACACGGACCUCAAGGAGAUCAUGAUGGACCACGCGCUGCGCACGAUCUCGUACAUCGCGGACAUCGGCGACCUGGUGGUGCUGAUGGCGCGCCGGCGCUUCGUGCCGCAGGACGUGGACGACGGGCCGAAGCCCAACCGGACGCCCAAGAUGAUCUGCCACGUGUUCGAGAGCGACGAGGCGCAGUUCAUCGCGCAGUCCAUCGGCCAGGCCUUCCAGGUGGCCUACAUGGAGUUCCUGAAGGCCAACGGCAUCGAGGACCACAGCUUCGUGAAGGAGAUGGACUAUCAGGAGGUGCUCAACAGCCAGGAGAUAUUCGGCGACGAGCUGGAGAUCUUCGCCAAGAAGGAGCUGCAGAAGGAGGUGGUGGUGCCGAAGGCCAAGGGCGAGAUUCUGGGCGUGGUGAUCGUGGAGUCCGGCUGGGGCUCCAUGCUGCCCACCGUCGUCAUCGCCAACCUGCUCUCCUCGGGCGCCGCGGCGCGGUGCGGACAGCUCAACAUUGGCGACCAGAUCAUCGCCAUCAACGGACUCAGCCUCGUCGGUUUGCCACUCUCCACGUGCCAGACGUACAUUAGAAAUACAAAGACACAGACUGCAGUCAAAUUUACGGUUGUGCCUUGUCCGCCUGUCGUCGAGGUGAAGAUCAAGAGGCCCAAUACGAAGUAUCAGCUAGGAUUCAGCGUUCAGAAUGGAGUGAUCUGCUCAUUGCUGAGAGGCGGAAUCGCGGAGCGAGGCGGCGUCCGAGUGGGCCACAGGAUAAUCGAGAUCAACAACCAGAGCGUCGUGGCGGUUCCUCACGAGAAGAUCGUCAAUCUGUUGGCCACUUCCGUUGGAGAGAUCCUCAUGAAGACAAUGCCGACGUCGAUGUUCAGACUGCUGACCGGACAGGAGAAUCCCAUUUACAUAUGAAUCCACAUAUCAAGUGCUGACUGGCUGGCAAACAUGUGAGAUUAGAGGUGAUGGAAAGCAAAACCAAAUUAAGGCAAGAAUCCCACUAUAUCGCGGAGAAACAUAGCGCAAUCAAGCUGAAAAGUAUUUAAUCCUCAAACGUCUAAAACCUUAUUUAUCAUGUGACAGAAGUGAAAUCUCUGCCCGAGUGUAUUUGGAAGGGGCGAGAAAACUUUCGAAAUAAGUUCUAGUCCUCACAUUCUACAUGUAUUUUACAAGUUUAAAUUGAUACGUAAGCAUUAGAAUGGAAAGAGAGAGAGAGAGAGAAAAGAGAUUUGCGCGAGAGGGAGGAAAAGUAAUUUAAAGAAAAAUGUGAAGAUUUUCGGAAGCUGGGGGAAGUUAAUGCAACAGACUGUUCCAGAAUAGAGACAAUAUCGUGAAUGACGUGUACUUUUUUUUAGUCAUUAAGUGGAGAAUAUUUAUUAACAGAAUGAGAAUAGUAAGAAAGACAAGAGAUAGUGUAAAUGUCCCUUUUUGAAAUCCUUCAUUGCGUAGUUUUUCUGGUGAAUUGAUUUUUCGGAUGGAAAUGCACGAGGAAAAGUGUCUCGCCAAAAUCUGCAAUGCAACAAAUAUCUCAGAGAUUUUCUCAUGCUGUAAACUUCAAUUGUUCUUCCCCUAAAAAUAUCUCGAAGAAGAAAUCAUAUUUCCUGUGAGCAUUUCCUCGUGUAUUUUUCACAAUGUUAGAAGAGCAAAAGAGUAUUUUCGUAAUGUAUAACUGAGUAAAGAUAUUAAAAAAAAAUGUCUCUUUUUCAGUGUUAACAAAGAGUGUAGAUGAGAAACUUUAGUGAAUUGAUAAAAUUACAAACAGGGUGUUUAUCGUAGACGAAGAAGAAAACAACAGAGAAGAACACAAAAAAACCUAAAAUAUUGUCAUUUUGAGGGAAAUCGCAAUGGAAAGUGAUAGAAGGCGAUAAGAGGCAUUUUGACAAACAAAAAGGGCCAAUCUCAGGAAGAUCCUAGACGAAACCUCUAAAAUAACUCAAAGGAAAACCCCUUUCACGAAGCACACAAUUUCAUUGUAAUGGCAAAUCGCUCAAAGCAGACUUUCCUUCCCCCCUUCUAGCUGUCCUAACACUAAUGCGCGUCACUGUGAAGAUCGCAAGAGCGAUUGUUGAGCUGAUAAAAUGGUGAGAGAAGCUUCUAAAUGUCGAGCGAGAGAAGAUUUUUAAUAAACUAAUCAGGCAAUAAUUUAUCACAGAGAGAGAGAGAGAGAGAGAGAGAGAGAAAGAAAAUGAGGAAUGUGAGAUGAGAAAAUGUAAUGGGAGAUUAGCUGAUAAUAAUGAUUACACCGUGUAUUUAAUCUUUCCUGACGCAGUUUGUAGGAAUUGGUAGUGUUGGUCCUCGAAAGAUAGUGGAACAAUCGUCACGAAUUUCACUAUUUUUCUACGUUCAACAAUGUCACAGAAUUGAUUGUAGUUUGUGUUAAUUAUGUGAUAAGAAUCAGAUUUUCCUUCAUUCUGAUUUUUGAUACUAAAAUGUUUAAUUGUGCGAAUGAUUAGUCUCCGUAUAACAAUCAACCUUUGUGUUCUCUGUCAAAGAAACAAGAAAAAAAAACAAAUAGAUGCAUUUAAAAGACUUUUUCUUUCAAUUGGAAAUAAUAAUUGACGAUGAGAGACAGAUGAAGAAACAUCACUGUUUAAUUCCACGAGAAGAUGUGGCGAGAAGAAUUUGAAUUAAGUCGUAUACCAAAGUGAGAACAGAGGAAAAAAAAUGAUAAAUAAAGUGAAUUUUUAUGUUAUAGAAAAGAAAAACAA